AUGGAAACACAUCGUCUGGUGGGGAUUCCUCUGUCCAGGAAGCUGUGGUAUGCCGUGGGAGGUGUGCCAUAUCAGAUUACUACUGCUGCCAUUGGCUUCUCCUUACAGAUUUUCCUGCUAAACGUUGUACAGAUCGAGGCCUUCUAUGUUUCUCUGAUCCUGUUUGUGAGUCGGGCCUGGGAUGCUGUGACAGAGUCGGGCCUGGGGUACUUGGUGAGCCGCAGUGGCUUGACACCCAUUGGUAAACUCAUGCCAUGGGUGGUUCUCGCUAUGCCUUUUGGGGUCCUCUCCUAUGUCCUGCUGUGGUUCAUGCCCCAAGGCUCCAUGUCUCAAGCCUUCAGUGUUCCCUGGUACCUCACAGCAAGCUGCCUGUUUGAGACCCUCAUGACUUGUUUUAAUGUGCCUUAUCUUUCGCUGAGCAUGUUUUUGGGUGGAGACCAGAGAGACAGAGACUCUACCACAGCCUACAGGAUGAGUGUGGAAAUGCUGGCAAUGCUGGUGGCCUCAGCAAUUCAGGGUCAGGUUGUGGCUGUAUACAACACAGAGAGGGCUGCAGCCUGUCAACAGCUUGACACCCCUGCGCCACAGACAGUUACACAUCCCUGGCGUAAGGCUUUCCUGACCUCAGCGCUGGUCAUAGGCGGGCUGUUCUUCCUCUGCUGCACGGUCCUCUUCCUGGGGGUGAAGGAGCAGCAGGCUCCCCUCUAUAGUCUGGCUAGAGUGCGUCUGUCCUAUCUCACCACUCUAAAGAUGUUAGUGUGCCACAUUCCUUACCAACGACUGGUCCUUGGCCUCCUCUUUGCUGCACUUGCCUUUCAGAUGUCUUUGGGGAAUUUUGCACUGUUCUGUACCCAUGUAGCUGGGCUUGGGGCCCAGUUCCAACACCUUCUCCUGGCUCUGCUGAUAACAGCCAUUAUAGCUGUUCCACUGUGGAAGGCAAUCCUGGUACGAGUUGGGAAAAAGACCACACUCUUCAUCGGCCUAUCUCUCUUCAUCCCAGCUGUAACAAUCAUAGCUUGUGUACCCAAUAACCUGCCUGUCUUUGUGACCAUGUGUGUGAUGUUAGGAUUCAGCUUGGCAACCAUGUUCCUGCUGCCUUGGUCCAUGCUCCCGGAUGUGGUAGAUUACUUUGCCUUGAGAAACCCCUGCUGCAAGGACCUGGAGCCCCUGUUUUUCUCCUGCCAUGCCUUCUGCAGUAAGCUGGGGGGAGGUCUGUCUGUUAGAAUCUCAACCAUGACAUUACAUUUUGUGGGGUAUCGUGCAGGUGCUUGUAGCCAUAGUGAGGACGUGGUGACUGCUCUUAUUGUGCUGUUUGCCCCUGUGCCCAUCACCCUACUGCUGGUAGGGCUGGUCUUCUUCCACCUGUACCCCAUCAACGAGGAUUGACUCCUCCAGCUCCAGAGAGUGUUAGGAAGAGAUGUUGAAGCCAUAGAUUCAACUGAUAUAGAAGAGAAGAUAGGAUCACACAUUCAUUAGUCAAGACACCAAACACAUGAGUCCAGUCUGAAGUC